AUGCUGAGCUCCCACUGGGCGACACUAGGAGACGGCAUCGAAGUGGCCACGAACCCCGCUCCCCAGAUCUGCCCCAUGGGUAUCGUCCCGAGCAACGACUACAAGACCUACAAAAUGACUUCUGACUUGGCCACCGCACAACGAUGCAUCGACCUCCUUCAAGCAGAGGGGUUCAACGUAUCUGGCAACCCGCAGUACAACUGGAUAGUAGACGUGUACACCAUUAUCCAAAAGAUGUUCCCAGAGGGCAACCCCCCUCCGGUAACAGUGGUAUCCAGUAACGCGCGAUACGAUCCCCACUACCAUCUGAAGAUAGGCAAGACACUGCGCCAACUCCGAAAGGAGAACUACCUCCUUAUCGGCACAGGAGGAUCAGUACAUAAUCUCUACCGUAAUCGGUGGGGGUCCAUGGUCAAAUAUCGCGACUCCCUAGCCCAGGAGAUCCCACCAGAGGAGUGGGCACUAGAGUUCAAGCAAUCUCUGGAGGAUGUGAUGACGAAGACAUCGGGAUUGCAGCUGCAGCGGGCGGUAACUAGGCUUAUGAAGCAUCCACAGUUUCGUGACGCGCAUGGUACAGAUGAUCAUUUCGUGCCGGCGGCUUUUGUGGCGGGGGCGGCGGGGGAUGCUGAGGAUGAAGGCUGUCAUGGGGUCUUGGGCGCCGAGACUUGGGAGUUGAGUAAUAUGGCUAAUCUGCAGUUUACGUUUGGGAAGUGGCCGAAGCAACCGCUUGUGGCUGCUUAA